AUUGUCACGAGGGCGGAAGCGGAAAUGAUUUCUGUUUGUGUUUGCCAUCAGUAGCAAAUCGAUGAGGGCAGGUAGAAACGUCAGUUUUUAUCAUUUUAAUCGUUAUUCGGAUUUAGCUUUUGUCCUCCCAACACACGUUAAUGGAGUCUUGCGGUAAGGACGGAGUUAAAGGAGCCGUGCUGCACAUCGUCGUGGUCGGCUUCCACCACAAGAGGGGCUGCCAGGUGGAGUUCUCUUACCCCCCGAUCAGUGAUGAGGGUCAUGACAGCAACUUGUUACCUGAGCAGUGGAAGUACCUACCAUUCCUCGCUCUGCCUGAUGGAGCGCACAACUAUCAGGAUGACACAGUGUAUUUCCUCCUGCCCCCAUUGAGAGAAGAUAUGAAGUGUGUGUACGGUGUUUCUUGCUACAGACAGAUCGAAGCCAAGAUGCUGAAGGUGAGACAGGCUGAUGUCACCAGGGAGACAGUGCAGAAGAGUGUGUGUGUGCUUAGCAGUGUGCCGGUUUUCGGGCUGAUUGCGGCGAAGCUGCAGCUGAUCACACAUGCCUACUUUGAGGAGAAGGACUUCUCACAGAUCUCAAUUCUAAAGGAGCUGUAUGAUCACAUGAAUGCUUCUCUACGGUUCACAACACUGGAGGGAUCACAGCUGUAUCUGGGUUUAUCUGCACGAGAUUUAAUUCUGCACUUUAAACACAAGGUCCUAAUGCUGUUUAAGUUGAUUCUGCUGGAGAAAAAGGUGCUGUUCUAUGUUUCUCCUGUAAACAGAUUAGUGGGGACCCUGAUGACCGUUCUCUCAUUGUUCCCUGGUAUGAUCGAGCGGGGUCUGCCUGACUCGUCUCACUAUCAUCCUAAAAGCAGCCAAUCUGAGAGUGCUGACAUCAUUAAGAGAGUAGACCUUACAGAGAACACAGAAGUAUUCAUCGCCGAGCCCACAGCGAACCAAGCAGAGGGCUCCACUGGUGCUAAGGGGAGUCCGAGCUCGCCUGAUUGGCUGGAUAGCGAGUGGGAGAGUCUGGAUCCGCUGGAGGAGGAGGAAGAGGAGGAGGAGAAGCAGGAGCAGGGAGGUGGGCGAAAAAUGGCACCGACGGAGUGUAUAGAGUCGGAGUCAACAGCGCCCAUCACUGUUCAACCCAAAGCCACACCUGCUCAGACCGACACCCAAACACACAGUGCUACACAAACACAAGCUACACACCCACACACUCCCUUGCAGGACGUAGACCCCUGCGGCCUCCCGCCCGCCAUUUUCACUAAGGGUUACCUGUGUUUGCCGUACAUGGCUCUUCAGCAACAUCACCUGCUCUGUGAUGUAAGAGUUCGGGGGUUUGUUGCUGGAGCAACCAACAUCCUGUUCCGUCAGCAGAGACACCUGAGUGAUGCCAUCGUAGACGUGGAAGAGGCUGCGAUCCACUUCGCUGACCCAGAGUUGCGGCGUGUCCUCAGCCUGACCACGGCUGACCUGCGCUUCUGCGACUUCCUGCUGAAGAGUGUGAGUGAUCACAGUGAGGAUGUGUUUCUGGACGGAACCGGCUGGGAGGGAGGAGACGAAUGGAUCAGGGCUCAGUUUGCACUCUACAUACACACCCUAUUGGCGUCCACACUACAGCAAGAUAACGAGAAGCUGCUGGCAGAUUAUGGCUCUGCGUUCAUCUCCACCUGGAAGAUCACACACAACUACAGAGUGUGGUCCAGCACACACCAUCCGGCCAUCACCGAGAUCACACCAGGCCACCCGUUCCAGGGUCAGUACAGCGUGGCGGAUGUGAAGCUGCGUUUCUCACACUCAGUACAGAACAGUGAAAGGGGGCGGAGACUGGGCAGUGCAGUGAUGAGCACAAGCAGGAGUGUAGUGCAGACCGGCAGAGCUGUAGGUCAGUCUGUGGGUGGAGCCUUGAACAGUGCAAAGACUGUGAUGUCAUCAUGGUUCUCAACACUUUCUCAACCAGCAUUAAUAUCGGACCCACAGUCAACAACGACCAAGCAGUGAUUGUGUCUCUCUCUGCAUACACACACACACACACACACACACACACACACACUCCGUCAUCAUUUCACAUACUCACAGAUCUCACACACUACCUGUGUAUUGUGUCUGGUGUGUCUCUACUUGUCUGACCAAUCAGCAUUUAGUGCUGCCUCACCCUGAUCUGAGUGUGCUUACCUGAAAUCAGCGGCCUUAACUGUCUGUCUGUCUGUCAUGGGCAGUUCAGGUUGGACUUAAUAUGUCAAAUUCAUAUAGAUAUAUAAAAAUCUAAAAAAUAUAUUAUUGUAAUACUACUGUUCAGUGUGUGCUGUCUGUCUGUCUGUCAUGUUAUAGAGUGUUGCAUCAAUAUCCUUUUUGCCUUUUUCUUUUUUUUUUUUUAAAUACACUCCUGAGCAAAAUCUUAAGACUGGGGGAAACAUGCCAAGUACUGUAUUUGAAUUUCACGCUGGUGGAUCAUAACCAGGUUGUAAGAACUGCUUCAAAAUGUCAAAAGAAGAAAAAGGAGCAUGAGAUGGAAAAAAAAAAGACAAUUUAUUGAUGCAACUCUUUAUAGGAGGCUGGUGGGAAUGUUGCUCCAUGUGGUGAAGAUGGCUUCACGAAGGGCAUCCACAGUCUGGAACAGACGUCCGUUUUUGUAAACUUCCCCUGCCAUCCAUCUCCAAACAUUCUCAAAGGGAUUUAGAUCAGGGAACACACAGGACGGUCCGGAAGUGCAACGUUAUUGUCCUGGAAGAAGUCGCUCUUCAGGCGAGCGUUGUGAACUGCAGUAUUGUCCUGUUGAAAGACCCAAUCAUUACCAGACAGACGAGGGCCCUCGGUCAAGAGAGAUGCCUGCCGCAACAUGUCCAUAGCCAACUGCCGUUCGACCCCACUGCACAACCUGAAGCUUUAUUUUCCAAUUGAAGGAAAAGCAGAUCAUGAUGGAGCCGCCUACACUGUGUAGAAAACAUCUCCAGUGGGAUCUCCUUGUCAUGUCAGUAUCGUUGGAAGCCGUCAGGACCAUCCACAAUAAAUAUUUUCUCGAUAAAACUUUUUUCCAUCUUUCCCACGCAAUGUCUCCCUUGCAAAUUCCAAACGGUCACGUUUGUGGUGUGGGUCCCAUUACUCUCAAGAUCUUUUAAGAAGUUUAAAAUGACUGUCUUACUGCGUCUAACCUCGGCAGCAAUGGGACGUUUAGAGAGCCCUUGCUUGUGCAGCUCAACAAUCCUGCCAUGUUCAAAAACAGAAAGCCUUUUUGCUUUUGGCAUCAGGAGAUCAUGACAGUGUGACUGGCUAAAGGACGGUGACAUUUAAAGCCAUAUUUUUGCACAGAUUUUAACUUUUAAAGGCUUUGGUCUUAAACUUUUGAUGAUCAGCUGAUCAUCAGUAUGUCCAGUGUGUUUGAGUUUAAGUGCAGUUUUCAAUGAAUUGCCUACUAUGUUUUUUUUUGUCUCUUGCUCUUAUUUCUUCUUUUGGCAUUUGGAAGAAGUAUUUACCUGAUAUUAACCUGGUUAUGAUCCACGACGUGUCAAUUGUGAUACUGUAAUGUGUAAAGUGUGACUUGUAAUAUAUACCCUGGUCUUAAGAUUUUUUCAGGAGUAUAUUGUCACGACCAAGUGUGAGUGUGAGUCCAGGUAUUUUGGUAUUCAAUGAAUCUGAUACUGAAAUGAGAAACAUCAAUAAGUACAUUUUAAGACCCUUAAAGGGUCACCAAUAUAAGUGUCUGUAUUUGAGCAUCUAUUUAUUUAUUCGUUUUCUUUCCAUCCGUCUAUACGUCCGUCUCUCUGGUGUUAAAAUCUGUUGUCAGAUUUGUCCGAUAAGAAAUACUGCAUAUAAAAAAAGAUAAUAUAUUAAAUUAUAUUGAUCAAAUAAAUACCUACAUGAUAUAGUGAUAUAUCUACCAGAUUAGUUGUCAUAUGCCCUGUAAUAGGAACUGAUUGUUAAAUAUGAACAGAUAAACACAAACUUUUUAUUUAUUUAUUUUUAAGUAAGCAAGUUGUUCGUGUCACUCGUGUUUGCGAUCUCCCACACACACACUACAACAUUUUCACACCUGAGUUAGACUACCAUCACUACAGCACUGUCCUGAAACUCAAAAUCACCUCAGGGCCCAAGCAGUUAACACCAGUGUUUACUCCUAGCAUGAAGCUUAGUAUGUGACUGGGCUUUUUGUUACAAAAUUUAAAAAAUAGUCCUCCGGCUCAACAAAGGUGGACCUUAAGUUGAAUUUUGUUUCUCAUGACAUCACUGCUAACUAAGUCCAUUAGCCCUGCACUAAUGUAAUCUAACAUGAUCCCGCAUGGUUUCCUCCAUCUCUCUGUUUGAUUUUUAAGACCUACAACCAUGUGUUCUGUGAUUAAAGCUGGACAUUUUGUUUUUAAAGAAUAGUUUCAUUUCUGUUUUUUUUUUUUUUUUUUUUAAUUGUUUUAAAGGUUUUGCUGUCUUCUCUUUUUAAUGUUCCAUUUCAGUGCUGGUUUACACGUUUCUCUGAGGCAUCUUUUUGGUUGUUAGUCUUAAUAAAUUGGAAAUGAUCAUUUUCAAUGAC